UUUGCUUCUGUCAGCGAGCGUGGAAUGUCCCAGGGGAGGGCUAACACAGGCUACGCCGCAUGCAUUGGGUCACACAGCUACUAGACCUAUCGCCCACUUUACAACCUGGAACUGGCCCGAUUUAAAAUGUAAGUACAAACCCGAUGUUGGUGGAUACGAUGGAAGGCGGGAGGAAGUGAGUAGCGAUGAGUACCUAUGGAGCUUCGGGUGAUGGGGAUGAAGACGACGCUAGCCAACAGUCAGACAGGAGUUUGUCUUCAAGGGGUCAGUUUAGUCAUUCUAGUAGCAUGAAUUUUUUGGUGAGGCCCACUCUACCUGGAAGAAAACCGCAUAGGAGUUGGUAUCGUGAGGAGGUUAGCGAACGACACCCGGACGCAAAUCAGACUGAGCAAGAACGAGGUAGAGAUUGUAACAGCGAAAGUGAUUCUAAUUCGGACCACAGCAACGCGGUCGACCUGGGAGAAGCAUCCAGCAACACGCAAACGGGAACUUUGAGAAACAACAAUGGGGGAAGAAGGACUCGAGCGAAUGAAACUACAAAUGCGACAUCGCUGGCUAACCAACCAGCUACAGAAGAGCAAGAUGCAUUCUGGGACGAAGUAAGAUCAGGGGCAGCCAACGUGAGGACAUCCCAAACUGUGACAGAAGAUCGGGAGAGCAAGGAAGAGGACGCAGGAGAAGGAGGAAGUGGGGUGAUGGAGGUCAAAGGUCAAAGGGUGAGCUCGGAGCUGCUCUUGGCUGUGGGUGGAGUGGGGGAACGGAGAACCAGUCGGAGAGAGAUAAACCGAGCGAGGUGUGUGAGGAGGAGGCCGAGGAAGAGAUGGCAUCAGCAGCAGGAGAGUCAGCAGAGCUCCACAGCGGCGCCCUCUAGCAGCAGCAGCAGUAGUUGCGAUGAAGAGGAGCUGGUGAGCAAAGGCCUCCUCUGUGCCGUGUGUCUGGACCUGUACUUGUGCCCGUACAUGUGCCACCCGUGUAAGCACAUCUUCUGUGAGCCCUGUCUAAGGACACUGGCCAAGAACUGCUCAUCCAACACCCCCUGCCCCCUGUGUAGGACCACCAUCACUCAGGUGUUCUUCCAGAAAGAGCUCAACCAGACGGUGAGGACCUUCUUCCCAAAGGAAUAUCUGUCCCGGAAACAGAACUUCCAGAGAGCGUCUUGUUCCAAAUGGCCUCUACCCAGCAGGAGGCUCUUCCGGAUGUUUGGAGGUUUCCCGAGACAGUGGAGUCCAAUAGCGCGGCGCAGGUUCCUCCCUCAAGGCGGGGCACUCCGGGUGGAACCCCUGGACCCCUUGGAGCUGGGGGACCUGGGGGAGCUGGAGGAGCUGGGGGAACAGUCGGCUGCGGGAUGGAGGCUGGACAUGGACAUGGUCAUCAUCUACAUCUACUCUGUGAACUGGAUCAUCGGGUUCCUCGUCCUCUGCCUCCUCUGCUACAUCUUCUUCCCGUCACUGUGA